AUGCCACCAAAUUGGAUUUUCCAAGCUGAACUAGCGCAGGAACGGGCUGGUCGGAACUUUUUAUCCACAUAUCCGGAUUGCCAACCUUAUCCUAUACAAAUCACCUUUUUACCUAUCCAACCGGCGAGAAGCAAGGCGGAGGAAACCAAACGCUCAUCAUGGGAGCAUGGCUUCACGAUUGAUUCGGUUGAUCAUGGAAAUUUGACAUCAUGGCGACCCAUUGUAAAUUCGGUCCCCAAAGCUGAACCGUCUCAACCGUUCGACUAUGUCGUUGUCACAAUGAAAACUAUCCCAGAACUAUGCAGCAUUCCAGAAAUCAUCCAGCCAGCUGUAACGCCAGGACAUACUAGUAUCGUCCUGAUCCAAAACGGAAUAUACAUUGAGGAAGACUUUAUCAAAGCAUUCCCAACCUGCGUCCUGCUCUCGGGUGCUAGUUACAUAGGUGCUCAACAGCGAGAUGGACAUGUAAGCCACAACGACCGCGACUGUAUGGACCUGGGAGCCUUUCGCAAUCCAUCCCUGGAUGCCUCACUCGAGAAAGCAAAACUCGACGAAUUCGCCACGGCAUACACCACUAGCAAUUUCGUCGAAGUCAGAAAACUAGACAGCACAGCAAUUAGGCAAUUUGGCAGUGACUACAGCUUAAUUCGGCCUGCUAUGGCAGAAGUCGUAGCCAUUGCAAAGGCUGAUGGUUAUGAUCUUGGUAAAGGCGUUAUUGAUGACAUGAUUGAGACAGCUCCGAUUGAACUUUCGUUCCGGCCCAGCAUGUUGGUUGAUGUGGAUAAGGGAAAUCCGGUCGAGGCGGAAGCAAUACUGGGUAAUGCUUUACUGGUUGCGAGAGCUAAAGGGGUUCCAACUCCAAUACUAGAUAACAUUUAUCGUUUCCUCAGGUUAAUACAAGCUCGUCUUCUGGCUUCACGGGGGUUGAUAAAGACCCCCAAGGAAUUGCCUAAGAAAGAUUUUAUUUAG